AUGGAUGGGUAUGAAGAAGGAGAUACAUCAUGGAUGGGUAUGAAGAAGAAUACUACCGAUUAUGAAACAUGGAUGGGUAUGAAGAAGAAUACUACCAAUUAUGAAACAUGGAUGGGUAUGAAGAAGGAGAUACAUCAUGGAUGGUCAGCUGCUAGCUUUGGGGGAGCUACAAGGAUCUGCCUUCUUGCAUUUAUUGUGCUUGUGAAAUCUAAUAAUGCUCAUGAUGAGAUUGUGCCUUUCUUUGCGAUUGAGACGGAGUACACAAACGAGUUGAUCAAGAUUGUUCGAUCAGAGGAAACUAUCUCUGGAACCAUCAAGACCCUUUUUAUGCUUGCGUUAGCCGCACAGUUGGCUGCAUAUUCGUCCUCUCACGAUCGGUCCCGCAUAAUGAGUGAAUCAAGCAUCAUCGUUGCUGGGAGGAACCGCAUGAUUCUUCUGAAUGUGCUUCAGAAAGUCGUUUCGUCAAUGAAGAGUUCUAAUGAUCCGUCAACUCUUUCCUUAUUUGAAGCACUUCUACAAUUUUAUAUGCUCCAUCGGAGAACCAUUAGAGGUUCAAUAAUGGUUCAAACACUCUUGCCUAUACUUCAAGAUAUUGAGUCUGCACAUAUGCAUCUGGUCUGUCUUACUGUAAAAGCUUUGCAGAAACUCAUGGAUUAUAGUAAUGCUGGUGUUUCUCUGUUAAAAGAUUUGGGUGGAGUAGAACUCUUGGCUCAGAAGUUACAUAUUGAAGUCAAUAGAGUUAUUGGUUUGUCUGGUCCAAGUGAUAACUCAAUAAUCGUGGAAGACAUAACAAAUUUUGACGAUGAUCAUUUGUAUGCACAGAAGCGCCUCAUCAAGACUUUCCUAUAG